AUGAGUGUGAUAGAAGGUGAGCGAGCAGCUUACCUUUUAGAUGCCCAGAACAAAGCAGUCCAACUUUUUGAGGAAAUAGAGGAGAAGCUUAUUCGACCCGGUAUCAGCGAGAAGACGUUGAGCGAUGAGAUCCAUAAACUUGGGACAGAACGCCAUGGUGUUAAAACACAUUGGCACAAAAGAGUUGUCAGAAGCGGACCAAACACCCUUCUACCAUUUGAGGAUAAUCCACCUGAUCGUAUCAUUGGAGAAGAUGACAUCCUAUAUGUCGACCUAGGACCAGUAUUUGAGGCCUGGGAGGCCGACUUUGGACGUACCUUCGUGCUUGGCGAUGACCCCAAUAAGAAACGUCUACGCGACUCUCUUGCCCCAGUCUGGAAAAUAGUGAAAUCUCGGUACCAGGAGAAUCCAGAUAUGACGGGCGAUCAAUUGUAUGGCAUUGCCUGCGAAGAAGCUCGAAACGCUGGUUGGGAAUUCGGCGCCAAACUUGCUGGACAUCUAGUCGGGCUUUUCCCACAUGAACGUAUUCCCCGGGACAGAAUAUCUCUUUAUAUUACCAAGGGGAACGACCAAAGAAUGAGCAAUCCUGGCAAAGAUGGAAAUAAGCGGCACUGGAUUCUUGAGAUCCAUCUUCGCGACAACAAAAACAAGGUCGGGGCUUUCUACGAACAACUCUUGACAGUUGAUUAG